AUGGACUCCGUCAAAGGCAAAGUGUACGCCGUAACCGGCCUCGGCGGAAUCGGACUAGCCGUAGCACGCCAACUACACUCCCAAGGAGCUCUCGUCGCCCUCGCAGACCUAAGCGAAAAGGUCCUCUUCACAGCGAGACAGACGAUCGAAACCGAAUUCGGGUCCUCAACAGCCUCGACAGUCACAACAACCGUAUUGGACAUCGGCGAUGUUCACGCCGUACAAGACUGGAUCGGUAACACGGUCUCGCACUUCGGCCGACUGGACGGCGCGGCUAAUAUGGCCGGCACGAUUGGCAAGCAACACGGUACCGGUAAACUCGUCGACCAGGAUGACGCCGAGUGGGAUAUGCUGAUGCGUGUCAAUGUCACUGGGUUGAUGUACUGUUUGCGGGCGCAGCUGAAGGCCAUUACUGCCACUGCGCCCGGGGGAAAGGGUAGUAUUGUGAAUGCAUCGAGUAUUCAGGGGCUCAAGGGGUUUGCGUUGCAUGCAGCGUAUUCGACUACGAAGCAUGCUGUUUCUGGGUUGACGAAGUCGGUUUCGAAGGAGGUUGGGCCCGAGAUUAGGGUCAAUGCUGUUGCGCCUGGUUCUAUUCAGACGCCUUUACUUGACAGGGCGCAGGAAAUCCAGGGCGGGAUUAGUAUUCCGCCGGCUAGUAUCCCACGUAUCGGGAAAAGCGAGGAGGUUGCCCAGACGGUUGUUUUCUUGCUCAGUGAUGCCUCGUCGUAUACGACUGGACAGAUUCUUAGUGUGGAUGGUGGGUGGGAAUGA